AUGUUCAAUAAUAAUCAACCUUCAUCUACGAAUAACUGGCCUUCAACUGUAAAAUAUCAAAGUUAUACUCCCGAUCAGCGUUCAAAAAUCAUUUGGCUACUUGUUUUAGCUACUGUUUCAAUUACAUUAAGUGUUGCAGCUUUGAUUAUUGUCUUUGCUGUUGAACAUUCAUGGUUUCAUGAUAGUUUUAAUAUUACAACUCCUAAUGUUAAUGACACAUCUUUAAAUCAAUAUGGUCUUUGGCGUUUAUGUUUUUCUCCAAGUAGUUCGUUUCCUAAUAGCACAUGUGGCAGUUGGUUUUCAAUUGAUUCAUCUUAUAGUUCGAAUAUUGAAAAACGUCUUGAUCAAGCUAAAGUCGGUAUUAAUGCAUGGCAAGCACUUGAAAUUGUUUUUUUAUUUUUAACAACAUCAUCAUUAAUAAUUGCUUUAAUUUCUAUUAUUUGUUAUGGAUUUCAAAAGAGUAUUCAUUACUAUUUAGCUAUUUUAGCUGUAUUUUGUAUUUGGCCAGCAGCAUGUGUUGGUAUAUCGGCAUUAUUUGUUUUUGGUUUUUCUGUCUUUGAUGUAGCACCAAUGCCACGUGGUCUUGAUUGGUGUUUUUAUGUUAAUCUUGCUGCUGUUAUUCUUUCGAUUAUUGGUGCUAUUCUUUUAACAAUCUAUGAUAUUCUUUUAAAAAAACCAAUAAAAACUGUUGAAAAUGAUACUGUUAUUGACAUAUUUUCUGAUAUAAAUGAUUAUCCAACACAAUUUAAUCCAUCGACAUCAGUCGGUGUUAAACGAAAUAAGAAAAAGCGAAAAAAACCUUAUGAUUAUCCAGAAAUGUUUUAUCCAACAAGACCAGUUAAUAAUGUUUCUAAUACUGACUAUAUACCUAAUCCUAAUCAUCAAAUGCUUGCACCUUAUCCAUCUGUAAUAAAUAAUCAACAGAUAAAUCCUGCUAUUCAACAACAACAACAACAACAACAACAACAACCACAACAUCAAUCAUCAAUUCUAUAUCGAAGUCCUGGUCUUUUAACAUCACCAUCAACAACAUCAAUUCCAGCACAACCAUGGUAUUAUCAACCACCGAUAUCAUCAUAUCCUUAUGAACCACCACAUUGGCAUCGAACAGGAACAACUCUAAUGAAUUAUAAUCAUGAAUCUACUAAUGAUUAUGUUCAACGUGGAAUUUAUCGGCCAACUCGAUUAAAUCCAACUGAACGAACAUUUGAACAAAAAGAAGAACCACGUGUAUUACAUUAUUAUACGGGUUAUAAUCAUUUUUCUGUGAUUGAUCCAAGGGAUGCUGCUUUAACAAGACAACAUCCAUCAUUACAUGGAUCUAAUUCUCCAGUACGAUAUACUGUUAAUCCUUCUUAUUAUCAACAAAAAGGUUAUUAA